GUCUAUGGUUUUGGUUGACAAGAAACUUGCUUUCUGUUUGGUGAAAUUUAUUUUUCUUCUUCAGUGUUUAAAAUUGCUUUACAUGAAAAUGGAAAACGCAGAAGAAAUAUUUCAUUUCUUAGAAGAAUUCUCCAAGCGUAAACCUAAAACUAUACCACAAGAACUAAAUGACUACUUGGCUUACGUAGCCCGCACCGGUGAUCCAGUGUACCAGUGGGCUCUUGUGAAGGCGUUAUUCAAAGAAAAGCUGCUCAAUGUUAUCACUGACUUCUACGAAACGACACCCGGCAUUGACAUACCACCUUACCCAAAUGUAGACCCAUUCAAUUAUGACACAAUGAAGAACAGUUUACUUGAGCGUCUGGAUUCCUUUACUUCGGCACCUUUCACAGUUCAACGAAUUUGCGAGCUCUUAACGUGUCCCCGUAAACAGUACCAUCGAGUAGAUAAGUUUAUGAGAGCCAUUGAAAAAAAUAUUCUGGUUGUAAGCACAAGAGAGCCCGGAAUUCAACGCCACAUAGAAAUAGAGAAUGGUGAGCCCAUGGAAGCCAUAGUCAAUGGUUCUGAUAAUAAUUCCGAGUAUAACGUUGAUGUUGAAAUGGAGGAAAUGUCUUGGAAAGAAAAUGCAGAGCCUACACAAAGCAGUGAGCCUCAACCAAGCUCGUCCGAUACUCAUAUUUCCAUAGAAGACAUAGAAGCAAGACUGAAAGCUAAGCAAGAACAGAAGGUGUCCUUUACACAAGACAAAGCUACCACUCAGUAUGAGUCUGUGACACCACCUGAACUGAAUGUGACAUCAGAUGAACAAGUAACAGAAUCAAAGCCUACAGAGGAAUUGGCCCAACAACCAACCACAUCAUCUGUUGAAGAACCUAAACCUGACCAACCUGACCCUGUGAAACCAGUAGACACACCGGCACCCUCUGAAUCACCUAAACAAGAUGAAGAAAUGGCAACGGAAACCACUGAACAUCAAAGUCAAACUUUAGUGAUUCCAGAAAUUAAAGUUGAUGAUGCUGAAAUGACAGAGCAAAAACUUACUGAACAAGAACCCACAGAAGUGAAACUUGACCCUGUGCCUAUAGGAAAGGAACCAGAACCGUCUGUGGAACCAGAGAGUAAGCCUGCGUCAGAAGAGCAACCAAUCACUACUGAUGAGAGCAGUUCAGACUCUAACCCUAAAGAAGAGACUGACAAUAAGCUGAUUUCGGAGAUCCAAACAUCAAGUGAGGAGAGUUCAUCCUCAAGCGACAAUACUGAUGCUAACAGUAAUUCUCCAAAGACCGUGGAGUCCAACACUGAAACUCAGGAAGAGUCUAGUCAGUCUGACGCUGCUAUGGAGGAGCCUGCGAAACAAACAGAGCCAGUCGAAGUGCCUCCUCCUGCUACAGUGGAGGAAACCCCACAAGUCCUUGAGACUGAUAACUAUUCAAUAUCAGAUGUGAAGUCAGAAUUGCCCCAGCCUCCUGCAGAACCAGCUAAGACUGAAGAACCUAUAGAAAAUAAGGAAAAAGUGGAUGACACACCUUCAGAACCAGAGAGAGAAAAUGUAGAGGUCAAAAUGGAUAGUACUGAAACACCUACAGAGAAUCCAUCUGUUGAGGCCUCAUAAUUUGUCACAACAUUUUUUACUGCGACAGAGCAUCAACCCUUAGAUAAGUCUGAUGAGUAUUCAAUUAACUUCUUUUGUAGAAUUAGGAAAAAAUUGAUUAAACUCAGUUUAAUUCUGAUAACCAAAAAUAAACCUUUGUCUACAAUUUUAGUAUUUCUAAUUACAACUGAAUGUAGUAUAGUAAAUAUCAAUAGUAAAUUUUUGGAUUAGAACAUGACCAGUAUGUACAGAGUUAAUAUUAUUAAAUCAUAAUACUUAAUGUAUUAAUCAUUUAACUUUUCAAGCAUUGUAUUCCGAUCUCAACAGACCAAUUUGUGGUUAGUGCAGCACUAAUUUCUAGCUAAAAUAUUUGUGAAUCUUAAUUGUAAUUUUUAGGUUUAUAUUUGUAUGUGAAAAUAAUGAAUUCAUUCCUAAAAA